CAUACAGUAGCUUCCCAUUCUGUGGCUCAUACACAGCUGCUGUGGUUAGGCAUCAGUGCAUGCCAACGCGAGGCCCGUGAUACAAAGAAAUUCCAUUAUCCCUCAUCUCCUGUCUGCUCUGACAGAGAGGAGGAAAUCACCAUACCAUGCUGUCGUGAGUCCAGGAAGGAGGGAGAAUUAUGAGUCAGAAUGGAGAAGAAAAGAAAACUGUCACUCUUCAAAUCCGCCUCUAAGCUUGGUAGACAGCUCACACACUUAUUUUAAGAGCACGACCAGAUCUCUUUUCAGCCGCCAUCUAGAGCUGUAGGACUAUGUAGAGACCUUGCUCCUUUUUGCUUUCCAUAAAUUAUUACUGAAACCUUUUACCUUUUCUUAAACUGUUAGGUCUGUAUACAUUCCAGGGAUUAGAGUUAACACUCUGAGUGAGUGCAAAGUACAGCAGGGUGCAUCCAAAGGGAGCUCUGUUCAUUGUGUUUUAGUUUACACACCUCCUUAUCUCAGCUGUCAAGAGGGAGGAUUCUUUUCUACAGUAACUUACCCAGAGCAAUAGAGAUAGUGGUGGGAAAGGAGGGGUGGGAGGAGUGAGAAGAACAGAGAAUGACUGUGAGGGAGUGAGCGUGUUUAACCCAGCCACUGAGUGACUCUUGUAUCCAAGGACGAAGGUAGCAACGCAUCCAAACGCCACUCUUCGCCCACGGACUUGCUAUGAAGAAAUGAGGCGAACACAUAGGCACUCAGCGGCGCUCAUAUAGACUCAACAACCUGUCCGGCCCCUUCUUCACAGGUCCCCUGGGGUUUGACUCGCCUGUCUGGAGUGCCAGGGCUGAUGACUGAGCAUAUCAUGACGGCAGCUAGAGUGAACUACACAGUACGAUAGAGUAGUACUUGAAUGGGAGUUUCUUUUUUUUUCUCUUGAAGAAAACAAAAGUGUUUCCUGUAUUUCACCGGUGUCAUUGCACCUAAACUGGCCCACGUUUGUGUAUGUUUUUUGGCAGAGGACCAGACUGGAGAGGAGGUAGUAACAGGUGCUGCGUGCCAAGGUGGAUUUGGAGGUGGGGAGGAGAGCUGAAGAUCAUGGGUAAAUCAAACAGCAAGCUCAAGCCAGAGGUGGUGGAAGAACUGACAAGGAAAACCUACUUUACAGAGAAAGAGGUGCAGCAGUGGUACAAAGGCUUCAUUAAAGAUUGUCCAAGCGGGCAGCUGGACGCUGUGGGCUUUCAGAAGAUAUACAAACAGUUCUUUCCUUUUGGAGAUCCCACAAAGUUUGCCUCCUUCGUCUUCAAUGUAUUUGAUGAAAAUAAGGAUGGACGCAUCGAGUUCUCUGAGUUCAUCCAGGCCUUGUCAGUGACUUCCCGGGGGACUCUGGAUGAGAAGUUGAGAUGGGCUUUUAAAUUAUAUGACCUUGACAAUGAUGGCUACAUCACCCGAGAUGAGAUGUUAAACAUCGUAGAUGCCAUAUAUCAGAUGGUGGGGAACACUGUGGAGCUGCCAGAGGAAGAAAACACACCAGAAAAGCGAGUGGACCGUAUUUUUGCAAUGAUGGACAAGAAUGCAGACGGGAAGCUGACUCUGCAGGAGUUUCAGGAGGGUUCAAAGGCAGACCCUUCUAUUGUGCAGGCAUUGUCUCUUUAUGAUGGACUUGUGUAGCAAUGUAAGAUGGAUCCAGCCCAGCAUACACGCGCCAAAUCCAGCACCAUCACACCUGCAAAGGGAGGAAGCCACAUUUAACUCGCUCACCCAGAAGUGGACUGCAAACUUUAGUCGCACAGCCGUAUGGCAUGCGUGUCGAUUAGCUGUUCGUCUGCAUUUUCGGAUUGUAAACAAAUAUAUCCUCUGAUGUGACGGAGAAGUCAAACAUGUCAGCAAAACCCUCAGUCAUUUAUCUGUGCUUCUACAGCUAUGUGGCACCGCGUACACCCCUGAGUGUUGUGGACUGUGUACGAGCAUUUCUGCAAACGCAGUGUUGUGGUUUUCCCAUGGACAGUCUAAGGAACUGAACUCCCCCCUGAGAUGUUCGUGUGCGUCUUGUUCACAUACUAUAAACCAGAGGAUGCACGUGAACCGCUCAGAGGAACUGUGCUGCUGCUUCACCACCACAUGGAGAAACUCGAGACCCGGGAGAAUCUGGAAAAAUGUGUUACUUGGUGAUAACGUGAACACUAACUUAAAGUUACAAAGCAGUAUAGUGUAUAUUGUAUAAUGUAAAUAGAACGGUAAUUUAUUUUCUGCUUUGCUGCAUUUAUGGGAAUUUCCUCAUGAGUAUGGAAUGAAGUUUUAUUUUUUAUCAAAGGUGUUGACAUGUAUUGCACUGUAUUUUUCAUUAUUGUGGGAUUGUUUUACUCUCACAUUCUGAAGUUUCCUUUUCCUGAGAGAACAGGGUUUUUAUUUGACGAAGAGUGUUUGAAGGAGUUUUUUUCUAUGGAGUAUUUUACUAUGUUUGCAGUCUCUGCAUCCUUUUGUGUUUUCACUUCCCCGUUCCCACUAGUGUCUAGUGUCUGCAGUGUCGCACAGCCACAUCCUGAAUGACAUGACCAAGCAACACGGCGACUUCUCACAGCUUGCAUCCAAACUGAGGCUCAUUAUUUCUUUUGAGAGCAUCUCACUCCACCCUCAGCGCACACACAAAGCCCUGGUCAUUGAGAGGCACAAACAGACAUCAAUUCUGGUUGUAAAGAUUUUUGCGAGCUCCGUGGUUGCAGUUGUCCACUUUGUAUUUGUCCUGUGUGAGGCCAGAGCAUGUGAUGAUGCCUUUUUUUCCAUUCUUGGAUUGUUUUAGUUAACAGCAUUACGAUGUUUUAUCAGCUUCACUGAUUUUCUGCCUUAUGCAAAUGAGAAUUUACUAAAUGAUAAAUGUCAUUUACCUGUUGAUUAACAGUAUAAGAGCACAGAAUAAAAUGCAUUUAAGUGGCUAACUUUUCUAUCACUGCAUUCUUAGUCUUUGUAUUUGACAUUAAUGGAAAAGAUGUGUUUGAUUUUUUUACAUACAGGAUCAUUUAAAGCAGCUGCUCUGUUUAAUGCACAACUGGAAUGACUGUUGCUGACAUGUGUAUUUGCAAAAUGUUCCUUAUGAUUGUUAAUGAAUCAUGUCCCAAGUCAAUAAUCAAAGACUUCACACACCCGACUGCAUUCAAAAUUUGAAAAGAUGAUUAGUCCAGUGUUGCACUGACCUACUUCACUUUUAGGGAAUAAUGUCAUGUUAAGUGUGUGUCAUGCUUUGAAACACAGAACAUGCCAACUCGCUGUGUGGUGUAAGCCUGCACUGUUUGGUUGAAUAAUGAACACUGAACUGCAUAAAACUGUGAUGUCUCUGCAGUGAUUUGGUGGGGGGUGGGGGUUAAUGAGGCUCUGUGGCUUUUGUGUGGAGGCUGCUGGGUCCUGGGCCUGCUCAGACCUGCUUCCUGUUUCCUUCUCAUCAAGGACAGAUGCAAGUGAUAUCAAAAGGAGGAGGAGGUCAGGAGGUCUGGAGACUGCUCUGUCCUUUGGGUGCAUCUUUGAUUCCCGUACAGAAAUUUUAAAUGCAGCAAAAAGAGAA